AUGGAGCCUCUGGAAAUCAUAUCAACAGACGGCAAAGGCCCAUUCGCUCUGCAGUAUCGUCACGGAUGGACAGUCAGCUCCCCGGUAGAAGACAACAGCGUAACGUCUACACAUCGGGUAAACAGUAAUCGCAUUGUGACCGAGGAUAUUGAGCAGGCUACUGAAAUUCUCUCCCCAAACAGAAUACUGAAUAUUCUGGAAAGUGACUUUAUUGAUAGCCGGGUAGCAAGGUAUCCUGGAGAGAAAGGAUUGUCUCCAGAGGAUACUACAUUCAUGAAGAAGGCUGAAAGCAAUGUAGUGUUCAAAGACGGUCACUUUGAGAUCCCUCUCCCUUUCAGGAAUCAGAACUUAAUGGUGCCAAAUAAUAAGAUCCUUGCAAUCAAACGAGCACUCUAUCAAAAGAAGAAAAUGCAAAAGGAUCCCAAGUACCACUCCGACUACGUCAACUUCAUUGACAAAAUACUCCAGAAUGACUAUGCUGAACGUAUCCCAGACUCCCUGCUUACAGCCAAAUCUGGACAUGUGUGGUACCUGCCACAUCAUGGAGUAUACAAUCAAAGAAAACCGGAUAAAAUUAGAGUGGUGUUUGACUGUAGUGCUAAAUUCAAUGGAAUAUCCUUAAACGAUCAGUUGCUGCAAGGGCCUGAUCUCACCAAUUCUCUGAUAGGUGUUCUAACCAGAUUCAGAGAACACCAGGUAGCCUUCACUUGUGACGUGGAGUCUAUGUUCUACCAAGUGAAAGUACCCAAACACCAAUACAACCAUCUCAGAUUCCUCUGGUGGCCGAACGGUGACAUAUCAAAGGAACUCGAAGAGUACUGGAUGAAGGUACACCUGUUCGGUGCAGUGAGCUCACCAAGUAUCGCCAACUACGCACUUAGACGCGUCGCAGAUGAAGGAAACAACUUAAGUUCAGAAGUCGCCCAUACAAUUAAGCGGAACUUCUAUGUUGAUGACUGUCUAAAGUCUGUACCGAACGCCACCAAAGCCAGUUCUCUGAUUGCUGAACUAACUGCCGCCUGCGGGGGCUGUGGAUUCAAACUGUGUAAAUAUACUAGUAAUGACGUCUCUGUCCUAAACACCAUCCCAGCUGACGAUCGAUCCAAAGAGUUAAAGACAAGAGACAUCAAUUAUGACCCCCUGCUACAGAGCACGCCCUCGGAAUACUUUGGGGUCGUCGAAACAGACACAUUUGGCUUCUCAGUGUUGUUGCCAGACAAACCGCUGACAAGAAGAGGCAUUCUCUCCAUAGUAUCAUCCAUCUAUGACCCCCUUGGUUUUGCUGCUCCAUUUGUGCUGCCGGCAAAGCAAAUACUGCAAGACCUCUGCAAAGAAACCACUCUCACCUGGGAUGACGAAGUGCCUGAUGAUCACCAGCGACGUUUCAAACAAUGGAUUAGCGAAGCCCCGAACCUUCAGAAGAUAACAAUCCCGAGAUGUCUAAAGUUACCACAGCAAGCAAAAGAUACGGCGUUUCAGAUGCACGUUUUCUCAGAUGCCAGUGCAUCUGGGUAUGGCGCUGUUGCAUACCUAACCUCAAACGAGGGUGGAUGUUCGAAAACUUCAUUUCUCAUCGGAAAAGCAAGGGUUGCUCCAUUGAAAGCAACAUCUAUCCCACGGCUUGAACUCACAGCGGCUGCUGUAGCUGUAAAUUUAGGACAGAAAAUGACCCUUGAGCUUGAUCUCCAUCUCAACGAUAUCUGCUAUUACACAGAUUCAACAACAGUCCUUUAUUACAUCAGAGCUGAGAGAAAGCGUUUUCCAGUGUUUGUGGCCAACAGAGUCCGUCAAAUAAGAGACUUCAGCAACGCUAACCAGUGGAAGUACGUUAGCACUGAUUUGAACCCAGCAGACGUUGCAUCACGUGGGGUAGGUUCUGUGAUAUCGUCAGACAUGACUCAUUGGCUGGAAGGUCCGGAUUUCUUGAAUAUGCCGGCUUCAGAAUGCCCUGCAAAGAUGCACCCCAUCAGUGAACCGCAGGUUAUAGAAGAAGACUUUAUGUCUUUAGCUACUACUGCUACAUCAGAAGAAGGCUCACCGUUUAUGUCUUUAAUCACCCAUUUCUCCAGGUGGGAGAGACUGAAGAGAGCAGUAGCAGUAUUCAUAGCAUUUUUGGCUUUCUUACAAAACAAAGAACAAACUAUAAAUUUAAGGACCACACAGAUCAUGCAAAAGGCUGAAAAGGCAAUAGUUUGCUUUAUACAAAAGAUCACCUUUGCAAACGAGGUCGAGAAUCUCAAGAAAACAACCAUGAAAGAAGACAAGAGAGAACACUCACUACCAAAAACAAGUAAGAUAUUCCGUCUCGACCCAGUGCUCAUCGACGGAACUCUGCGAGUGGGAGGACGCCUCUCGAAAGCCGCAAUGGACUAUGACGUGAAACAUCCAAUGCUACUGCCACAACACUCGCACGUCACGACUCUAAUUGUACGAGAUGCUCAUGAGAAACUCGGCCAUGCUGGUAGAAAUCACACCAUUGCAGCAAUUAGAGAACGCUUUUGGAUUGUUUCAAUCAACUCUGCUGUCCGACGUCAACUCCACAAAUGCAUAACGUGCAGAAAAAUAAGAAAGCCAUGCCAAGAGCAAAAAAUGUCCGACUUACCUCAAGAUCGUCUCGAGCCAGCUCCACCAUUUACAUUCACAGGCGUAGACUUCUUCGGGCCGUUCAUUAUAAAAGAGGGACGCAAGGAGCUCAAACGUUACGGCGUCAUAUUCACCUGUCUUGUCAGUCGCUCCAUUCAUCUGGAAGCUGCUAACAGUCUCGAAACAGAUUCCUUUAUUCACUGCUUGCAACGCUUCAUAGCCCGCAGAGGUACGGUACAAGAAAUCCGAUGCGACAACGGGUCCAACUUCAUCGGAACACGGAAUGAGCUGAACAAGGCUUGGUCAGAUCUGGACCAAAACAAAAUCCAAAACAAACUACUGUACAUGAAUAUUGAGUGGAAACUCAACCCACCUAUGGCAUCGCACAUGGGCGGCGUAUGGGAGCGCCAGAUCCGUACCAUUCGGAAAGUUCUAUCUGCGCUAUUCUACAACCACGGGACUCGCCUUGAUGACGAAUCAUUCCGCACGCUUCUCUGCGAGGUAGAAUAUAUUGUGAACUCAAGACCGAUCACGACCUGUUCUGAUGAUCCUGACGACAUGGAACCACUAAGUCCGAGUCAGAUCCUCCACAUGAAGUCACCCAAGAGGUUAAUACCGGGACCUUCGCAACCAGAAUAUGUGUACUCGAGAAAAAGGUGGCGUAGAGUACAAUAUUUGUCGGACUUGUUCUGGAGCAGAUGGAAAAGGGAGUACAUAGUCAGCCUGCAGCAACGCCCCAAAUGGAACAAACAACAACGAAAUACACGGGAAGGUGACAUCGUGCUCCUGAAAGACGAGAACACGCCAAGACUUCACUGGCCACUAGCACGUGUAACAGAGGUACUGCCAGACUCCAGAGGUGUUGUGAGAAGCGUCAAACUUCGAACCCAAUCUUCUGAACUGCACAGACCAGUGACCAAGCUCGUACUCUUAAUUCCAAAAGAAGAUCAAGUGUUAUAG